GCUCCGGGCCUGCUGCGUUCCGGGCGCGGAGCGGCGCCGGCGGAGCGGCCGGGAUGGAGGCCGUGCCCCGCAUGCCCAUGAUCUGGCUGGACCUCAAGGAGGCCGGGGAGUUCGGCUUCAACCAGGCCGUGAAGAAGUUUGUUCUGAAGAACUAUGGCGAGAAUCCCGAGAGCUACAAUGAAGAGCUGAAGAAACUUGAACUGCUCCGGCAGAAUGCCGUGAGCGUGCCCAGGGACUUUGAGGGCUGCAGCAUCCUGCGGAAGUACUUUGGCCAGCUUCACUACCUGCAGAGCCGCGUCCCCAUGGGCGCGGAGCACGAGGCGGCUGUGCCCGUCACAUGGACGGAGAUCUUCUCUGGCAAGGCGGUUACCCACGAGGACAUCAAGUAUGAGCAGGCGUGCAUCCUCUAUAACCUCGGGGCAUUGCAUUCCAUGCUGGGCGCCAUGGACAAGAGAGUCUCCGAGGAGGGUAUGAAGGUUUCCUGCACCCAUUUCCAGUGCGCGGCUGGGGCUUUCACCUACUUGCGGGAUCACUUCCCUCACUCCUACAGCGUGGACAUGAGUCACCAGAUCCUUAACCUCAACAUCAACCUCAUGCUGGGCCAAGCUCAGGAGUGUCUCUUGGAGAAGUCGAUGCUGGACAACAGGAAGAGUUUCCUCGUGGCCAGGAUCAGCGCCCAGGUAGUGGACUACUACAAAGAGGCCUGCCGGGCUUUGGAGAACUCGGACACUGCCUCGCUGCUGGGGAAGAUUCAGAAGGACUGGAAGAAGCUGGUGCAGAUGAAGAUCUACUAUUUUGCUGCUAUCGCUCAUUUGCAUAUGGGAAAACAGGCUGAGGAGCAGCAGAAGUUUGGAGAACGAGUUGUCUACUUCCAGAGCGCGCUGGAUAAACUCAACGAAGCGAUCAAACUGGCAAAGGGUCAGCCUGAAACGGUGCAGGAAGCCCUGCGAUUCACCCUGGAUGUGAUCGGGGGAAAGUACAAUUCGGCCAAAAAGGACAAUGACUUCAUCUACCACGAAGCUGUCCCUGCGCUGGACACCCUGCAGUCAGUGAAAGGUGCCACCCUGGUGAAGGCCCUUCCCGUCAACCCCACCGACCCAGCUGUCACGGGCCCGGAUAUCUUUGCCAAGCUGGUGCCAAUGGCCGCCCAUGAGGCAUCUUCGCUGUACAGUGAGGAGAAGGCCAAGCUGCUGAGAGAAGUGAUGGCGAAGAUCGAGGCCAAGAACGAAGUCCUGGACCAGUUCAUGGACUCCAUGCAGCUGGACCCCGAGACGGUGGAUAACCUGGAAAUGUACAACCACAUCCCCCCCGUCCUGAUGGAGAAAUGCGCCGCGCUCAGCGUGCGGCCAGACACUGUGAAGAACCUGGUUCAGUCCAUGCAGGUGCUUUCGGGAGUCUUCACAGACGUGGAGGCCUCUCUGAAAGAGAUCAGGGACCUCCUGGAUGACGACGAGCGGCAGGACCAGAAGCUGCAGGAGCUGCUUGGCAAGCCGGCUUCUCCUCCUAGCCCUUCCCCGGGGCUGGCUGAGGUCAGCAAAGAGUGGGCCAAGUACAUGGAGGUGCACGAGAAGGCCAGCUUCACCAACACAGAGCUGCACAAAGCCAUGAACCUGCACAUCAGCAACCUGCGACUGCUGAGCGGGCCCUUGGAGCAGGUGCGGGCUGCCUUGCCCGCGCCGGCCCUGACGGAAGACGACAAGCAGGUGCUGCAGAACUUGAAGCGGAUCCUGUCCAAAGUGCAGGAGAUGAAGGACCAGCGGAUGUCCUUGGAGCAGCAGCUCCGUGAGAUGAUCCAGAAGGACGACAUCACCACCUCCUUAGUGACGACCGACCGCUCAGAGAUGAGGAAGCUCUUUGAAGAGCAGCUGAAGAAGUACGACCAGAUCAAGGUGUAUCUGGAGCAGAACCUGGCGGCCCAGGAGAACGUCCUGAAGGCCUUGACGGACGCCAACGUCAAGUAUGCGGCGGUGCGGAAGGUCCUGGCCGAGGUGGAGCACAAGUGGAACACCACGCUGCAGACACUGGUGGCCUCCUAUGAAGCCUACGAAGACCUGAUGAAGAAGUCUCAGGAGGGGAAAGAUUUCUACGCGGAUCUGGAGAGCAAAGCAGCCAAGCUCCUGGAGAAGGCCCGAGCGUCCUGCCAAGCAUCCGAAACAAGCCGGCAGCAGGUCCUGGAAAGAGAAAUGAAGAAGAAGCCGCCUCCAAGGCCCACUGCUCCCAAACCAGCCCUGCAGAAGAAGGCCUCUGAGCGGGACCUGGACCUCGCGGCCGGCCUGGAUGGAGCAGACCUACAGCAGCUGGGCUCCCUCUCUCUGGCCGACCUGCCGGAAGAGCUCCGGAGCUUGCCCCCUGACGUGCUGGCAGCGCAUCUCACCAGGCUGCCUGCAGACGCCCUGGCUGCCUUCUCCAUCAACCCGGCCUUCAGCGGCGGUGGCAUGAGGCCCCCAGGCCCGGAGGCUUUCCCGGCUGGCGCACGGACAGCCAAUGCGCCGAUACAGCUGCCGAUGGCAGCUCAGCCUGGCGUUCCCUUUAUCCCUGCUCAGUUCGGUGCUUCGGCGCCUCUGCCGGGACACUACUUCCCCGGCCGCCUGGCGACCCCCCCGCAAGGUGCCCCUGGGAGCCCUCUGCAAGGCCCCUUCCCCCCACAGACCUACAGCGGGUCCCCUGUGCUGCCGGCCCAGGUGAUGCAGCCCCACAGGCCUCCAAGUUCUGCCCCGUCACCCAGCCCUCAGCUGUACCCGGCUGGCGCCCUGCGGAGAGACCCUGGGCACCCCAGCCCCGCCCCUGCCCCCAUUCAGCCCGGCUACGCAGUCCCUCCGGUGCCUCCCCAGAGAUCCUCCCCCCAGCAUGUGCCCAUGCCUGGCUCUGCUCCAGUUCCCAUCACCCCCAGUGCCACCUACAGGAUGGGGCAGCCGGUCUCCUCCUGCGGGGCUCUGCCAGGCGGCCUCCCCACAGCCAUGGGCCCGCCUCAGCCCCCCCGGUUCAGUGGCCAGGCCCCAGGAGGGAGCGACGGCCCUCCUCACCCCCUUGGGGUCCGCCCGGCCACCACAACAGUCGACAGCAUCCAGGCGCCCAUUUCCAGCUACACCGCGCCCAGGGCCAUGGGCGGGCACAUGCCCCCGCGGCUCACCAGCCUCCCGCCUGGGCUCCCUCCUCAGGGCGGCUUCCUUGGCCCGCCCGCCCAGUUCCCCUACGCCCAAGGCGGCAUCCAGCCGUUCGGCCAGCAGCCCCCGUUCCCAGCGGGGCCGCCCGCUCCGAGCUUCCCCCAGCAGCAGUACCCACCUCAGGGUCAGGCCCAGCUCCAGCCGCUGCCCAUGUACCAGCCGCAGGCCCAGUUCCCGACCCAGUUCCCUGGCCAGCAUUCGGGGCUGGCCCACGUUUCUCCCCAGCCUCCCAGCCAUGCCCAGAUCCAUGGCCAGCUGAGAACACAGCUCUACCCGCUUCCUUCCCAGGACAACGCCCCUCAUGCCUUCCCUGCAGCUAUGCCCCGCGGGCCUCCCCCGCUGUCUCAGAGCCUCCCAGGCACUAUGGUGGCCCCGGCUCAGCAGCUCCACCCUCGCCCCUCGCUGGCCGGCAUGCAGCCCAUGCCAGCCGGCACCUCCGCUCAAGUGGUCUCUGCGAUGCCCUAUUGUCCUGCCCCUUCUGCCUGCCAUCCGGGGCCCCCUACAAACCAGCUGCCGCCUGGCUCUGCCAUGCCACUGGCUGGUCCCCAGCCCCCAUCUUCGAGUCAGUCUGGCCCUCACCAUGUCCCGUCUUCCCCCAGUCCCGCUCUGAGCCAGAUGCCAGGCGGCGUUAUUGUCCCAGGUCCUGCCAUCCCUUCCCCGGCGCCAUCCCCCCAGCCAUCCCUGGCUAUCCAACCUCCAGCCAUCUUGCCUUCCUCAGUGCCCGGCGCCCCUGCCCUGCCACAGCGACCCCCCCCAUCGCUCACCCCCAGCGCGGCCCCGCUGGCACAGGGCCCUGCCGAGGUCCAGUUCCACCGGCAGAGCUCUUCCACGGACGAUCUCCUGUCUUCGAGCCCUGAGAGCCAGCACGGGGGCUCCAAGACGGCGGUGAACCAGCCGCUGCUGCAGCCCACCAAGGCAGACGCCAAGGAGGGGCACAAACCCAAGGCCGUUCAGCUGAUCGAGAACGACCCGUACGAGAAGCCCGAGCACAUCAUGAGGCUGCUGUCCGAGCUGGAUCGGUUCCGGGGCAUGGUGGCCAGUCUGGAGAGGCCCGUCCCCAGGAGCGUCCCCGAGCUGGACGCCAUCUGGAAGGAGCUCCAGGAUGCCCAGGAGAGGGAUGCCCGGCAGCUGUCCAUCGCCAUCGCCCGCUGCUACUCCAUGAAAAACCGCCACCAGGACAUCAUGCCCUACGACAAGAACCGCAUCGUUCUGCAGUCGGGCAAGGACGACUACAUCAACGCCAGCAAGGUGGAGGACCUGUCCUCCUACUGCCCCACCAUCAUCGCCACACAGGCCCCGCUGGUGGGGACGGCCUCCGACUUCUGGCUGAUGAUCUACGAGCAGAAGGUCUCCCUCAUAGUCAUGCUGGUCUCGGAGCAGGAAAUAGAGAAGCAGAAGGUGGUGCGGUACUUCCCGCAGGAGCGGGGCCAACCCAUGGUGCAGGGUCCCAUCACCUUGAUCCUCACCAGCCUGAAGGUGGCCCCGACGCACGUGGAGCGGAUGAUCACCCUGCAGUUCCGCGACCAGAGCCUGAAGCGCACCGUCAUCCACCUGCAGUUCACAGCCUGGCCUGAGCUGGGCCUGCCCGACAGCAAGGGGAACCUGCUGCGGUUCAUCCAGGAAGUACACGGGCACUACCUGCACCAGCGCCCCCUGCACACCCCCAUCGUGGUCCACUGCAGCUCUGGGGUGGGGCGCACUGGCGCCUUCUGCCUGAUGUACGCAGCAAUGCAGGAGGUGGAGGCCGGGAACAGCAUCCCUGACCUGGCCCAGCUGGUGAAGAGGAUGCGGCAGCAGAGGAAGCACAUGCUGCAGGAGAAGCUGCACCUCAAGUUCUGCUACGAAGCUGUCCUCAAGCACGCCGAGCAGGUGCUGCAGAGACACGGGGUCACCACGCCGGCUUCCAGCAAGCCCCCCAGCAGUGCUGCCCAGAAGCUGUACCUGCAUCAGGACCCGCAGGACCUGGUGCUGGGCGGGGACAUGCCCAUCAGCUCCAUCCAGGCCACCAUUGCCAAGCUGAGCAUCAAGCCCCCCGGGGGCGGCCCAGAGCCUCCCCCAGACUGGCAGCUGCCCGAGCCAGCAGCAGUGCCCGAAGCCGUGAGCCCAGGGGCGGUUCCUGCAGCACCCGCCAGCGUCGCCCAGCCCAGCCUGACGGAGCACGUGCCCCCCACCAGUGCCGAGCUGCCCCCCGCCCACUCCGCCCCCACCAUGCCUGUGCCGCCGCCCGAAGCCGAGAGCAGCAACCAUGUGGAGGAGAGACCCAGCAGGGAGCCUUCAGCCACAAGCCUGGCUCCUUCCUCUUCCUCGCUGGAGCUCCUGGCCUCACUGACCCCUGAGGCCUUCUCCUUGGACAGCUCCCUGAAGGGCAAGCCGCGGAUGAACAAGCAGAGCUUCCUGCAGCCCCAGAACGGGGAGGGGCUGCGGGGACCCCGGCCCAGCGACGACCCCCUCAGCAUGCUGGACCCGCUGUGGACACUCAAUAAAACCUGAGCCGUGGGGGCCCGGCUGGGACAUGGGCACGCACAGCCCCUCCCUGGCCAUGCCAGCACGGCCCAUGGGGAGCCCCCCAGCGUGAUGGCUGGAAACUGGGGUGUUGGACCACAGCCUUUGUCCCCGCUCAGCCCUGGGCAGCAGAGAGGGGUGAGAAAUGCACACACAGCACUACAUGCCAGCUCCCCACUCAGUGCCUGGGCCCCCCUGGCAGCUAGCCCGGGGUGACCCCCACGGCAUGGAGAGCCAGCCAUUCCCCAGCCCCUCCAGUCCUGCACCAGGCCAGAGCUGCUGCUUGUCCCAGAGCCCCUCCUGGUGGGAGAAUGGCCUUGGGGCAGCAGAGGCGGCCCCUGUCCCUUCUGGCACAGCUGGCCCCACUGCUGCUCCUGCCUUGGGCCAGGAGCCGGCCCUGCAGUGCCUCCUGGUCUUCCAUUCACAGAGCCCAGGGGACGGAGCUGAACGGGUGCAUGGCCCAGAGCCUGGGCCCCUGGGCUGCUCGGGCCUGGCGAACGGAUCUGCGCUGUGCCCCUGGCGGCUCUCCAGGCAGGACCCUCGGCUCGGAUGCUGGCCGAGAGCCCCCAGCUGCAGUGAGGCUUGUCCCAGCCUGGGGAGGGACGUCCGGCUCUCGGGCUGCACCAUGGCUCCCUGCUCCCCCUCGCGGUGCCCAAUUGCCCUUCCCUGCUUCUUGCUCUGGCGCUGGGCGAGAGCUGAGCAAUUCCUCCCCCACCCUGGCCCAGGGACGGCCGC